GUCGCAUCACUGGCCGAAUUGGAGGAGGUCUUGAGGUUUGGCUGGGCGCAGAGUGCUGCGACACGUGGAGACCCCAGCAAGAAGGACAUCGUUGUCACCCUGACUCUGCAGUCUCGCAGCCCUUCGGGUGACCUGUGCCGUCGGAAGCUCACUUUGGUUAAGUGCCGGGGCUGCGAAAAGGUGGCAAAAACUGGUGCCACUGGGGAGCGGCUCCAGGAAGGCGCCCUUCUUGCCCAGUCCUCAGCAUCCCUUGGGCGAGUGAUCAUUGCGCUUACAAGCGGGAGCCGCCUCAUCCCAUAUCGGGACGGCCAGCUCACACGUCUGUUGACUGAGUCUUUGGGGGGGAACACCAAAACGAUAUGGAUUGCGCACGUGCUUCCCGUAGACUACGCCCACAGCGAGACUUUGGCAGUGCUGCGCCUUGCAAAUCGCGUGGCCAGCAUCGUGAACAAGCCCCUUGCGCUGGGCACGGAACCACCCGACCCUACUCCUUGUGUUCUUUUCGCUGAAGCAACGUGGCUGCGCCGGUGA